UGUACGUUUAUAGUGAAUACAGCCUGAUUGUCUUUGUUUCCCAGCCAGACCAAACACAGACACACAUGGAAUCCCAAGAUCCAUCAAGGAAACCUCCUCCGCAGCCUCCUCCGGAGAAGAGGAAAUAUGUACUGCAUUCUGAGAAAGAACCUUUUGAUUUCGUCACCGCAAGAAAUAUAGCGAAACCUACCAAUGUUCUAGAAUCAACGGGGCAUCUAAUAAAAGGUUGUUUAGGUGGCGGUAUUCUCGGCAUACACGAGGCCUAUAUGAAGUGCGGACUUUGGACUUCGCUUGUAGUUACAAUCAUCUUCGGAUUUUAUAUUACCUACUGUUUGCACAUAUUAGUAACAUCGGCGCAGAUUUUAUACCAGAGGCUUCAUAUGACGGAGAUGUCUUACCCGGACCUUGCGGAGGCGUCGUUCGAAGUUGGACCUUUCCCCAGGCUUAGGAAAUAUAGUAAAUGGUUCAGGUAUGCAGUGGACCUAACAAUAUGCAUUGACUUGUUUGGAGCCUGCUGUGUUUAUCAGAUAAUAAUAGCGAAGACGAUCGAGCAAUUAGUCGAAGGUGUUGACGACCAGAAAGACCUGAACCGGCUAAGAUUAUAUGUAUUAGCAUUGUUAGUGCCAAUAAUGAUGCUAUGUAUGAUCACUACGCUCAAGUAUUUGGCACCUUUCUCAUUGUUGGCGGACUUAUUUAUUGUUGUCUGCGUAGUAGCAACAGUCGUAUACUGCCUGCGAGAAGCGCCUUCAAUCUCUUCACGACCAGCUUGGAAGAAUGCCUUGGGCUUCUUCGAGUUCAGCGGAAUUGUAGUUUUCAGUAUGGAAGGUGUUGGAGUCACUUUACCUAUUGAGAACAAUAUGAAGGACCCUAAACAGUUUCCUAAAGUACUUUGCAUGGGUAUGACCGUGGUAGUAACAUUUCUCAUAAUGGUUGGUUUCUUCGGAUACUGGGGGUACGGAGAGAAUUCUCUUUCUCCUGUAACUCUGAAUUUUCCAUCAGAAAUAUUCCCGACGAUUCUCAAAUGUCUGAUGGGUAUAAUGAUUUUCAUAACAUUUGCUCUGAACUUCUGGGCUCCAUUCAACCUGGUCUGGCAUUAUAUGUCCAAAAAACAUGAUCCAAAGAAACAUUGGAUUUGGGAAAGGGUCUACAGAGCCACCUUCAUCGUUGUUAUUACUGCAAUUGCUAUUGCAUUCCCUAACAUUGGAAAUUUAAUGGGUCUGUUGGGUGCCUUCUGUCUAUCCAACAUGGGCUUCAUAUUUCCAGCCAUGAUAGAUCUUCUCGUCAUCUGGCAAGAUCCUGGCCUUGGCAAAUAUAAAUGGCGACUUUGGCGAAGCGUCUUCGUCAUUCUCAUUGGAAUAUUAUUGUUUGUAGCUGGUACUUAUUCUAAUCUUAAAGGGUUAAUAUCUAGUUUAAAUUCUUAACUGCUAAAUAAAUGU